AAUUUGUAACACAUAAUGACGAACCAUCGUCGUGUGCGCAAGGACUGCUAUGAGAGCAGAUUACAUGAUAUAGCCAAAACGUGUGCCAUGAAGGAGAAAAGCAAAAAUGCUGCACGCACGCGUCGUGAAAAGGAGAAUACGGAAUUUUGUGAAUUGGCCAAAUUAUUGCCGUUGCCGGCGGCGAUAACGUCGCAGCUGGACAAGGCGUCAGUCAUACGUCUGACCACAUCCUAUUUGAAAAUGCGUCAAGUUUUUCCCGAUGGACUCGGUGAAGCUUGGGGCUCCUCGCCUGCGAUGCAGCGUGGCGCAACCAUCAAGGAGCUGGGCUCGCAUCUGCUGCAGACGCUGGACGGCUUCAUCUUCGUGGUGGCACCUGAUGGCAAAAUCAUGUACAUCUCGGAAACGGCCUCGGUGCAUUUGGGUCUCAGUCAGGUCGAGCUGACGGGCAACUCCAUAUUUGAGUACAUACAUAGCUACGAUCAGGAUGAGAUGAAUGCCAUAUUGUCCUUGCACCCGCACAUGCAUCAGCAUCCACUCGCUCAGACGCACACGCCCAUUGGCAGCCCGAACGGCGUGCAGCAUCCGUCGGCCUAUGGCCACGAUCGUGGCUCGCACACGAUCGAGAUCGAGAAGACGUUCUUCCUGCGCAUGAAAUGUGUUUUGGCCAAGCGUAACGCGGGCCUCACAACCUCCGGCUUUAAGGUGAUACAUUGUUCCGGCUAUCUGAAGGCGCGCAUUUAUCCGGAUUGCGGCGAUGGCCAGGGCAGUCUGAUACAGAAUCUCGGCCUGGUUGCCGUCGGUCACUCGCUGCCUUCAUCCGCCAUCACGGAGAUCAAACUGCAUCAGAAUAUGUUCAUGUUCCGGGCCAAGCUUGAUAUGAAGCUCAUCUUUUUCGAUGCACGCGUAUCGCAGCUAACCGGCUACGAGCCACAGGACCUUAUCGAGAAGACGCUCUAUCAGUACAUUCAUGCCGCGGACAUCAUGGCCAUGCGCUGCUCCCAUCAAAUCCUGCUGUACAAAGGACAAGUUACCACCAAAUAUUAUCGCUUCCUGACCAAAGGCGGCGGCUGGGUGUGGGUGCAAUCGUAUGCCACACUGGUGCACAAUUCGCGCUCCUCCCGCGAGGUCUUCAUCGUGAGCGUCAACUACGUGCUCAGCGAAAGAGAGGUCAAAGACUUGGUGCUCAACGAGAUCCAGACGGGCGUCAUCAAGCGUGAGCCCAUCUCACCGGCUGCCCAGGCGGCGGCCGUGGCCGCUGCAGCAGCUAGCGUCUCGGCGGCGGCGGUCAAUGUCUGUGUUGCAGCACAGCAGCAACAGCCGCUGCCGCUGGCGCAAUCACAGUCGCAGUCGCAGGCCCAGCAGCAACAUCCGGCUUCGAGCACACCAACGUUGAGUGUGAGUCCCAAGCUGGAUCCGUACUUUGAGCCAGAGUUGCCGCUCGCGGUGCUGCCGCAGCCGCCCAAUGCCGUCACGCCCGUCAAUGCCAACGCUAACAACAGCAGCAGCAACAACAACAACAACAACGCCAAUAACAAUAGCAACAGCAACGGCGUGUGGCAUCAGCAACACGCCCAGCUGCACCAGCAGCCGGGCAGCAUGGAUCACGACAGCCUUAGCUACACUCAGCUCUAUCCGCCACUCAAUGAUCUGGUGGUUAGCUCGAGCAGUAGUGCGGGCGGCGGCACUGCGUCUAGCGCCGCCGGCAGCGGCUCCAGUGCAUCGGCCUCGUCGUCCGGCGUCUACUCAACGGAAAUGCAGUACCCGGACACGACAACGGGCAGCCUCUACUACAACAACAACAAUCAUUAUUACUAUGACUAUGAUGCGACCGUGGACGUGGCCACGUCCAUGAUGCGUCCUUUCUCGGCCAACUCGAACAGCUGCUCGAGCAGCUCGGAAAGCGAUCGCCAGCUGUCCACGGGCAAUGCGUCCAUUGUGAACGGCACCUCACCCUCACAGACCACGUACAGCGAUCUGAGUCACAAUUUCGAGCUGAGCUACUUCUCCGACAACAGUUCGCAGCAGCAGCAACAGCAACAACAUUUGAUGGAGCAACAACAUUUGCAGCAGCGAUUGCAUGUGCAACAGCAGCAACAUCCGCAGCAGCAACUGACCCAACAGCAACUCACACAGCAGCAACACGCACAACAGCAAUACCAGCCGCAGCAGCAACAAUAUGGCUUGCAUCAGCAGCAACAACAGCAGCAGCAGCAGCAACAGCAUCGAGUGGUUAGCGACUUUGCUGAAAGCUUUAAGAGCGUCAAUGCUGCAGCAGCAACAAUUGCUGCCACGCCCCAUUACACGAGCGUGAUCGUUGAGCCGCAGCACUAUAUACCGAACGAUUUUGUGCAUUAGCCUCAGCUGUCGUCGGCCGUUGUUGUUCGUUUUGGAAGAGUCAAAUAUUGUUGCAAUGUUAUCGAUAUAUCGAACGCUUCGAUAUAUCGUUUAUUUUUAAUGCAUCUCUGCGUUUUUGUUCAGCUCUAAGCUUUUGCCAUUCGUGGCUGAGCCACGCGGCAAAAGCCUUUUUCUCUCUAUCUCUUCAGCAUUAUUUCAACUGCAAGCAUCUAUUUAUUAAAUAUUAUUAAUCUUCGACACAUUUGUUUGAAACUAAAAAUAAAAAACCAUUGUUAACAAA